AUGUCGUAUCACUUAUUAUCAAAACUUUCUCGUGAUUUGUGUCAACUUCUCGAUACUUGUGCAUAUUAUGAUGUGUUAAUUCGUGUGGGUAAAGGUUCCAGCAUCAGAGAAUUUCCCGCCCACUCGCUUAUAUUAAGAGCCAGAUCUGGCUAUUUUAGAGGAGGCCUAGCUAACAAUAAAGUUAAAAUGGAAUAUGAUAAAAUCAUUUUCAACAAGCCAAGCAUCACGCCAAUUGCUUUUGAAAUCAUUUUAAAUGGUAAAGUAGAUUUUAUGAAUAUUAAUGGAAAGCAAGUACUUGACUUGUUGUUUGCAGCAGAAGAACUUGGAUUAAUGGAAAUAUUGGAGUGUAUUCAAGAUUAUUUGAUUAACAAUCAAACAGCUUGGAUGGAUAAAAAUUUUGUAACAUAUCAUCGAGCAAUUUAUCGAAAUGAUUCGUUUAAAACACUACAGGUCUAUUACACUGAAAAACUUGCCACUAAUCCAGCAGCCAUAUUCCAAACAUUGGAUUUAUUUAAUCCAGAUGUUUUGAAUGCUCUGGAUAAUUCAGGAUGCAUUAGGUUGAAUGAGGUAUUCUGGGGUUACAUUGUUAACUGGUCACGAUUUCAGAUCCCUAAACUUAAUAACGAGGUUACCGGAUGGGCAAAGGAUGAUUGGAUUUCGUUCAAGCAGUCACUUAGUCAGUGUAUACCAUGGAAAAGUAUAGAUAAUAUGGAAUGGGAUGUAUUUCAUGAUUUGAUCAUUCCAUGUGAACCAUUUCUCCCCCCAGAAAGAUUUGACAUAGCAUUAAAUGCUCAAUUGAAAAAAUCCUGUGAUGCCACCGCAGUCAUAAGAUCACCUAUUUCAUUACAAUUCAACGCGACCAUCAUCAAUAUUUGUCAUGCAACCCUGCUCUCCAGUUGGAUUGAUCAACUCAACAAUAAGAUUUAUCGACCCGCCGAGAUACCAUACGAGUUCAAAUUGGUAUUGAAUGGUAAACGAGAUGGAUUCACUCCUGAGGUGUUUCAUCGUAAAUGUAAUAAGAUGUCCAGAACUCUAGUGAUAUUUAAAACUGCCAAUUCAAAGAGUGCGCUGUAUGGUGGAUAUAAUCCGUUGGAUUGGGAAUUUGAUAGGACGACUAAAGAUAGCUUUACAUUUCAUUUUGAUUAUAGGAAAGCCGAAAUUAAUCGAUUGGAUGGAUGUGCGAUUUUAAAUAAACAAGGGUAUGGCCCGUGUUUUGGUAAUGUGGAUUUAUUCGCAUUUCCAGAUGGAAACCGUAGAAUUUUAUGGAGAACCAAUGAUAACGAUGAAGGGCUUCUAGUUGAAGAUUAUGAAGUAUUUCAAGUUGUUGAGAAACUUAAACGGACAAAUUAUGGAUCCUCUCUAAGUCAUAACCCUCGUAAUCAUCAUGUUCAUUCUCACAAAAAAAGAUGA